AUGUUGUUCAAGGUUGGACUCGCUGCUCUUACCGUCUACGCCCAAACUUCAUCGACCGAGUGCGGCGCCAUCACUCAAGUCUCCGGCAACGUCUCCGAAGAAUGCCAAGACGAUUACUGCUACCGAGUCCAGUUCUCCUGCCCCGCCGGCUCCACGCCCAGCCAUCUGAACACCUUCAAGUGCAAAAAGGGCGUCUGGCAUCCGGCUCUCGGCGCGAACGAGGUCAUCAGCUGCAUCGAAAACGACAUCGACUGUAACUACAACCAGCUUCCUUCUAUAACCGAAGGAGUUGUGGCCAACUGCAACGAUGCGGGAUGCACUUAUUCUUGCGAAAACGGAAUGGAACCGACGACAACUGGAGCUUCCUGCGAUCGACAAUUCGGUCUCUGGAAUCUCACUGGAGCUAACUCUUCUAGAAAAAUUCGAUGCCCAAAGGCUCCAAAGGAGCCAAAGCAUCAAAUGCGAGCUGCCGACAAGUGCGGCGAAUUCACUGGAUUCGAUGAGAAUACAGUCGAAGAAGUCGACUGCGACAAGAAGUACUGUACUUACCAGUGCAAAGAGGGUCUCCAUCACAUCACUUCUUCCAUCGCCAAAUGCACCAACGGCGGCGGCUGGAAACUCGAAGGCAAUGUCCAAUUCAUCAGAUGUUUUGGACUUGAAAACACUUGGCACGAGUCCUGGAAGCGAAAGGAUGGAAUCUACCGACCACCCUUCCAGUGCGAUCCGGAUCGAAUCCGACACGUGACACUUGCCGACUGCGAGAACGAAGACGACGGCGCUGUGACUCAGUGCAACGUCGUUUGCAAGGGAAAAGUUAUUGAUACGACCCGCUGCAUCAACCACCGAGGAAUCUGGUCCGAAGAAUGGUUCGACUGCUAA